CCAACUUGCCGCACACCAAGCAGUACUUUGGACAACUGGGUCUUCCAUAAUCGGAGCUGGUCAUGAUAUUACACCGUACUAUUACAUCGGAAAAUCCAAGACAAAGAGGAGCUUUCAUUGAAGCGCUCCGGGACCGGACUCAGCGUGGCUACGCCAGUUAUCUUUUCGUGACUGACGACCCCUGGGCGAAGAUUGUCGGCAUCGAACUAGGACUUCGCUUUUGGUAAUCUCGCUGGACAUUUCCCAGUGUCGCUCGCUACGUCUGCUUCUUUCUCGACAUUAGAUGACUGGCUAUCAUCCCUUCGAUAUCAAGCACAUCUUUUAUCUGGGCUUACGCAUACGGGUCUACAACGUCUCCCAAGAGUGACGACAAAGCAGGCCCCAAAGGCUAGCGAAGUCUUGACGAGACUCGGUGCCUUGAAUCAUUCUCAUUCUUGGUUUCCACCAUACCGCCAAUAUGAGUUUUAUGCGAAACAUCACACGGAGCAUACCCAAUGGUGCCCUACCAUCCUUUAAGAACGUUCCACGACAGGCAGACAAGCCCAUUCCACGCCUCGGCUUUUUCCAACGUCGUGUUCGGCUAAAAGGAGAUUCUUCAGUAUCGAUCCCACUUGGAAUUGUUCUCAUAUUUCCCUGCAUCGUCAUAAUCCUAAUAAUCGUACUCUUCGUUCGACAUCCUUCAUCUCCUGGUCGCAUGCUUGUACCUGCGGGAGCGCCCCCUACCAUACGGCGAAUUAGUGAUAAGCAUGAUAAAGUCUUCGUCACAGGCUGUUUAGAACCAGACACAUCGGCCCCCCGCGCAAACGCCGCCUUUGUCGUUCUUGCAAGAAACAAGGAGUUAGAUGGAGUCCUGCAGUCCGUAAAAUCAAUUGAGCGGCACUUCAAUCGCUGGUUUCACUACCCUUACGUCUUCCUCAACGACGGCGAAUUCAACGAAACAUUCAAGGCAACAGUUGAGAACUACACGAGUGGGACUGUGGAAUGGGGUAAGAUUGAACAGUCGGCAUGGGGCUUCCCUGACUGGGCGGACGAGAAGGUCGCAAAAGAAGGUAUUGCGAAGCAAGGUGACGCUGCGAUCAUGUACGGAGGCAUGGAAAGCUAUCACCACAUGUGUCGCUAUUAUUCUGGGUACUUCUACAACCAUGAGCUACUGCAAAAGUACGAAUGGUAUUGGCGAUUGGAGCCCGAGAUCAAAUACUUCUGUGACAUCACAUAUGAUCCUUUCAUGCACAUGAUCCGGGAGAAUAAGACCUAUGGGUUCACGAUUGCCGUCAAAGAAUUGAAAGAGACCGUGCCAAACAUUUUCAGAUAUGCCUCUGCGUAUAAACGAUUGAAUAAAUUGAAGUCGCAAGGCCUUUGGGAAAUGUUUGUUGAGAAGCCAGAGACUCCAGAAGAGCCGCCAAGCGACGGGAAAAAACCUCUACCCGAAGAGAUUCUCAAUACAGACCCUAAUAGCGGCCAUAUGGCAGAUAUCGAUCUUGAAGCCAUGGAGGGUGAGAGAUACAACAUGUGCCAUUUCUGGAGCAAUUUUGAGAUUGCACGCCUGGACUGGUUUCGUAGUAAGGAGUAUAACGACUUUUUCGAAAUGAUGGAUCGAAGUGGAGGGUUCUGGAUGGAACGGUGGGGGGACGCACCUAUUCACUCCCUGGCCGCAGGGGCACUGCUGAGCCCUCGAGACAUACACUACUUUCGAGACUUUGGCUAUCGACAUACCACGAUUCAACACUGUCCAGCGAAUGCACCUGCACGUCAGCUUGAGCGAGAGCCGUACCUGGAGAAGACGACAUUAGAUGAGAAGAAGCGGAAAGAGGAGGAUGAUUACUGGGCAACAUGGGAUCCGCCCAAAGAGAAUGGAGUGGGCUGCCGAUGUAAAUGCGAUACCGAUAUUGUAGACGUCGAAGGCAAAGAGGGCAGUUGUUUCAACGAAUGGGUCGACGUAGCUGGUGGUUUCGACUCACCUUGAUGACCAGGACGUCGACAUUUGUUACUUGUUUGAUUCUUCAUCAUUCUUGUGCACAUACACUUUCUAGAUCAAUCUGUUUUCAUACGGCUGCAAGAACUGGAUCAAGCGAAUGACGGCGCAUCGUCAUGGUGGCGGCGAGUAUACCUUCGCACGCUUCCUUUGUACCGGCGUUCAGGGGUUUACACAUCACGACGAUGCACUUCGAUGGGCGCUAUAUUUAGCGGAAUCAUCAACAAAUGAUUGAGACAGGAUUCAAUCCAUGUACAUAGGUUUUCCUAGCUGCAGCAUAUUGCGCUGUUUUGACUUAGAGGGCAGGGCUUGGUACAAUGCUACAAGCCAUAUCUGCCUUCUUGACAUGUCCAUCCACUACACCCACGAGAGCGUACGAAAUUGACAGCU